AUGCUGUUGAUCCACUUAAAGUCACUUUGCGAGGCUAGUCUCUCUGAGUUACUGAAUGAAUUGCCUCCAGACCCCUGGCCCGUAAAGCAAGGCAGCCGAGGCCUGCGCAGCGUCGGUACAGCGCUCAGUGUUGCUGUUGGUUUACUUGAGUCGGCUUUUCCGAAUACCGGGGCUCGUCUCCUUCUUUUCCUUGGUGGGCCAUGCACACAAGGCCCCGGGAUGGUAGUAGAUGACGACUUGAAGAAUAUUAUUCGCUCUCACCACGACAUUGAGAAAGAUAAUUGCAAAUAUAUGCGGAAAGCAAUCAAGGUGUGUCUCCUUUGUACCAUCAUUUUGCUUAUUAUCGAUCGGUGA